GUCGCUGGGUUGCACUCCGGAGAUGUCCGGGGAGUCCCGAGCACGAGGUGUCACGGCCGGCAAUAACAUGGGACCGACCCGGCAACCGGAUGAGGAGGGCGAGAGCGACGGGGAGAGGAGUCCGCACAGCACGGACUCUCAAAUGCUGAUUAACCAACUGAGAGAGAUAACCGGGAUCCAAGAUCCAGCUAUUCUGAAUGAAGCACUUAAGGCUAGUAAUAAUGACAUAACUCAGGCUGUAAGUUUUCUAACUGAUGAAUGUGCCAAAGAGCCAGAGGGAAACCCUGAUGAACCAUCUGAAGACAAGACAAAAUCGGCUGUGGUCAGGUUCCUGAAUGAUAAAGACGAGCUUCAGACAGCCAUAGCCCUCAGUCUGCAGGAAUCUACCAUCCACCAGGUAGAGAGGAAUGAUUCAAAUGACAGAUGCCCUGACUGCAUUUGUGCUGAAAAUAAGAACCGUGCCAAAAGAAAACGGUCCGAAGUCUGGGGGAAUUCACCUGACCCCAACGAUCUGAGAAGGAAUGGUGACUGGCCUGUUGGGUUAAAGAACAUUGGAAACACCUGCUGGUUUAGUGCAGUAAUUCAGUCGCUCUUCCACCUGCCAGAGUUCCGAAGAUUGGUCCAUAGUUACAGUAUUUCCCAAAGCAUGCUGGAGAGAUGUCAGAGCAGAAGUGAGAAGAGGAACAUUGCUUUUAUGCAAGAACUUCAGUGCUUGUUUUCUCUUAUGGUUGGAUCCAACAGAAAGUUUGUUGAUCCUUCUGCUGCUGUUGAACUGUUGAAAGAUGCUUUUCUGUCUGAAGAAGCACAACAGCAAGAUGUCUGUGAGUUUACACACAAGCUGCUGGAUUGGCUGGAGGACGCUUUCCAACUGGCUGUCUGCAGAGAGUGUUCAAGAGAUAAGACUGAAAACCCAAUGGUGCAGCUGUUCUAUGGUACAUUUCUUAAUGAGGGAUAUCUGGAAGAUAAAGCAUUCUCCAAUAUUGAGACCUUUGGGCAAUACCCCUUGCAGGUGAACGGCUUCAACAACCUAAACGAGUGCCUGGAGGCAGCAAUGUUGGAGAAAGAUCUUGAGCUCUCUCAGACUGGGCAAGCCGUGCAGUACAGGCAAGAGCGUUGGUUUACAAAGCUUCCCCCGGUGCUAACCUUUGAACUUUCUCGGUUUGAAUAUAACCAAUCUUUGGGUCAACCAGAAAAGAUCCAUAAUAAACUUGAAUUCCCCGAGAUUAUUUAUAUGGACAGGUACCUGUACAGAAACAAAGAGCUCAUUAGGAAGAAGCGGAGGGAUGUCAGGAAACUGAACAGGCACAUCGACUACCUCCAUCAGAAACUGGAAAGAUACCUGAAGUAUGGCUCCGGCACCAGCCGUUGUCCUCUGCCUGAUAUGCUGCGAUAUGUGCUGGAGUUCGCUCACGCUAAAUCUGCUGCAAGAAGCCAUGCUGUGGAUUUGACACGGAGCGCCGAGACUCCAGCAGAUGACACUACUUCUCCUGACUCUCAACCACAAGAAAAUGGUCUUUUACCAAAUGGACACAGUGAGCACCUGGGCGGUGAUGAAGCACGCCUUCCUAUUCUGGAGCAUGAAUUGUCUUCUGUACAAUCUUUUGAUGAAAGUUCCAUGGGAUCUAUCGAAGGCCCAGCUCCCCAUUCUGCCACCAAGGAAGAACUACACUCUGUGGAAUUAUGCUUGCAGAGGUGGAGAGCCGAAGUGGAGCAAGACAUUGAAGACUUGAAGGUUUCUAUUGCCAAAUUAACAGCAAUGAUUGAUGACAUCUACAACGAUUCAGACCUAAUGCAGGUUCCAUACAGACUCCAUGCGGUGCUAGUUCACGAAGGCCAGGCUAAUGCAGGCCACUACUGGGCUUAUAUAUACAGCCAUACCAGAAAAUGCUGGCUCAAGUACAAUGAUAUGUCUGUGACUGAGGCCACCUGGGAAGAGCUGCAGAGGGACUCUUUUGGAGGCAUGAAAAAUGCUAGCGCUUACUGUCUCAUGUACAUCAAUGAUAAGUUGCCAUACUUGAUUGCAGACUCAGAAACUGGACAGCUGGAGGAUAGAAUCGGCACUCUCCCACUUCACUUUGUGCAAUACGUCAGAGAGGACAACCAAGGGUUUGAACAUGAAGUGGAAGAAUGGGAAGAAGCUCACUCCUGCAAAAUCCCCCAGAUGGAACCUGUUGUAACCUCAGAAGAAGCCUCUUCCCCUUGCAAUGGCUCUCCUUUGGCUAGUGAGGAUUCUACAAGGUCUUUAUCCUCUGAACAUGCAAUGAUUGCCAAAGAACAGACUGCUCUUGCCAUUACUAAAACAGCCGAGGCAUAUGAAAGAAAUGGUGUGGAGGCUGCACUGAAGGAGCCACAGCCAUUUCAACCAGAGCCAGAGGAGGCCAGUCAGUCUGAACCCAGCCCCCCUGACCAGACAGUGGAGAAGGAACUGCAGCCCAGCUCCCAACUGUCCGAGGUGGAGAUCCCCAGUGUGGGGAAGAUACUCGUUAGAUCCGAUGCUGAUGGAUAUAAUGAGGAGACGAUGCUGUCUCCUGCCAUGCAAGGUGUUAUCCUGGCAAUACUCAAAGCCCGCCAGAUCUUUGAUCGUGAUGGGCCAGAAGCAGGGCUUGUUAAGGCAUUCCAUGAAGAAUAUUCCCGACUCUGCAAACUUGCCGAGGAGCAGCCCUCUCCAUCCAGUGACCCUCGCUUGCAGCAUGUGCUGGUCUACUUCUUUCAGAAUAAGGCCCCACAACGUGUGAUUGAGCGCACAUUGCUGGAUCAGUUUGCAGAUAAGAAUCUCAGCUAUGACGAGCGAUCCAUAAGCAUUAUGAAGGUAGCUCAAGCAAAGCUAAAAGAGAUUGGUCCAAAUGACCUGGAUAUGAAACUGUACCAGAAGUGGCACGAAGAUUACAGCCAGUUUCGGAAGGUGUCCGUCUAUCUUCUUACAGGACUAGAGCUGUACCAGAAGGGAAAAUGCCAGGAGGCCCUCACCUACCUUGUGCACGCUUAUCAAAGUAACAGCGCUUUAUUGAGUAUUGGAGCAAACCGUGGAGUAGAUGGGAAGCUCAUUGAGCUAUACAGGAGGAAAUGUCUUCUGGAACUAAACGAUGCGGCUGCCAAAAUGUUUGAAACUCAGGUAGAGGAGCAGGUGUCUGAAGGGAUCAGCAUAAUGAACGAUCUGAUCAUCCCAUGCAUGCACCUCAUCGCUGACAACAAGAUCUCAGAGGAAGAUCUGGAGGCCAUUGAAGACAUGAGGAGUCGUUGGUGCUCUUACCUUGGUCAGGAUAUAAAUGAAAAUUUACAGCUGAAACUUGGCCAGUUUCUCCCAAGACUCUUGGACUGUUCUAGCGAAGACAUUUCAUUAAAGGAACCCCCCAAAAUCCGGCCUCACUCCCCAUAUGAUCUGUGCAAUCGUUUUACAGCCAUAAUGGAGUCCAUCCAUGGAACUUCAACAGUUAGGGUGAAAUAGAAUCAAUGAGGUUUUUCUUUCUAGAUCACCAAAUAUGAACCACUACAGACUAAUGGACGAGGUCACCUCCUCCGAGUUCAACACAGCAGAGUUUUUAGUAUUUCUGUGUUUUCAAAGCCAUAUGAACAAGAAAAAGAAGCUACUGAUUCCUGAUGCAGGUUAAUGAUUGGAGAGCAUGACCCCGGUUAAGAGGUUAACACUGGGCUGCGAGAGCUGUCUGGACUGCAUUGUGGUUUGUAUAGACGAGUAACCAUGAUAAGUACACACUGGAGAUGGAAUUGUUGGUGUCCAGCUUUGAAUGCUUCCCCUAGACCCAGAAGGACCUAUGUAGUGCCAAUUCUGUGUAUUGUUUUAUGUGUAUGCUACUUUUCUUUGUAUGUGAUUUUACUUUUUCAUUGUGUUAAUUUGACUGCAAUGAGUUUACUAUAUUUAUUUUAUUCUUCUGCAGUGUUAUACAUGCCAUAAUUUUAUGUCUUUUAGGGGGAAUUCAAAGUAUUUUUGGUGUAUUGGAACUUUCAUCAUCACGCACUACCCACCCUCUCCUUUCCCAAAUUUCCAUGCCUGUGCUGUGUAUUGUUGACAAGAUUUGUCUGUUUGAAAUGCAUAGGGAAAUCUGGAAGCAGAAAGGGCAAGGAUCACUGUUGGCAUAAGGAAGCAGUGAAAAUAUUUACAGCUGGUCUGUGGUGGAGAUGCAUUGAAUGCAGGCAGUGCACAUAUGGUAAAGAGGAAGCUUCCCACACCUCAGGCCUAGGGCUGUACAUCCCAGCACCAUUAGUAUUAUAUGGGUAGCUUCCCUCUUUCCCCUUACAAUGGUCCAUAAGACUGUAAUGGGACUUGGACAGCUUCCACAUCCCCGUACCACCAGAACAAACAGAGGGGAUGAAUCCACUGUGGGGCGGGGCAGGACUUGGACAGCUUUCGGCAUCCCCGUACCAUGUUAGUCAAACACGAGCCUCUAUGUAUUAUAACUGUACUUGGGUGAACUUCCUUUGAGCUGGAUUCAGAGGAAGCAUUUUUACACCUGGAAUCUUGUAAAGGGUUUGUGACGUAGCAUUUGGCUGUAGAUCUCAUCCCACUUCACCUAAAAUAUCUUGUACAGAGUUCUGCUUAAAAUGAAUAAAGCCAUAAUUUUUUUAAUAAAAAGAUGGCUGUAUAACAGAUGCAUUAAACUAUGACAUGCAGAAAUAUCAUGGUGUUAAUUUUUAAGGCAGAGCUUGACAGAUUCAUGCUCUGGGCCUCGUAAUGAGUUUUUGCCUAAAGUUCGUACCAUCACAGAGCAGCACUUUACGUUUUCAAGCAGAAGUCCAUACCAGUUCAGUUGCAGUAGCCUUAUGGUUGGCAUAUAUCUCAGCUUGAAGUCUUUGAGUGGUACUCGUAGGUGGUUUGUGCUGCGGGUGCAUGUUGGAAACUUUUUUCAAUCAAAUUAAAUCGGAUUCACGGGGUCAAUAUCCAUAGAUCAAGUGUUAAAAAAUAUCAAGUUUCCCUUGUAAUUUAUAUUAAAUAAAUCCAUAAUGAAAGUCUUGGUAUGAACGUUUCAGGGUCCAUUCACACCACAACUUGUUCAUUGAGCACGGGUAAUCAUAUGCGCAUUGAUGCAGCCAUAAUUGUUUGUUAUUAUUAAACUUUCACUAACAUUUUCUGUGAGGUCACAUCCUGCUUUUCUUUGCCAAGUUGAAUUCCCGUGCAGAAACUUGUGCAUUUCUGUGCAAUGUUUCCUCUUACUGACUUAAUCAUCACAAUGGUCUUUGAUAUUUUAGGAAGACGUGGUUGGCAGAGAUGUGGGUGUUUGGGGUCAAUCCAUUCUUGCACUAAAGAGAAAAGAAGGGUCAGCUCUGCAUUCUGUACCAUGACCUGUGUUUUUAUUGAGACAACUUUUUUAAAUAUAUCAGGUGGUCACUUGAAAGAUUAGGUUAAUAUUGUAAUUGCUAUUGUUUUGUAAGUGUAGCACGUCAUUCGUGUUUAAGGUUUUUGUGUGUGUGUGUGUGUGUGUGUGUGUGUGUGUGUUCAUUUUUCCUUGCUUUUACCAUCUCCUUGAAAUCCUGACCUUCAAAUGCGGGACAUAAAUUACAGGAAGACUGUGUCAUUAACUGAAUGUUUGGUGGUUACACUCUGGUACCUUAUACCAUGGUCAUGGUUAGUUUUUCUUCGUUUCUCUGGUGGAAUGACCUUGGGUUUUGUUUUACCAGCAAGAUUGUGGACAUAUAGCAUUCAAUUGCAAGAAUGUAACGAAAGGUCAUGUAUUGCUUGAUCUUUUUAGAGAUGAGAGAAUAGUGAUCAUGCAUGGUCCAGAUAGAAAAAUGCAUGCUCAGUGACCGGGUGAACCAUGGUCAAUGUUCUCUGUGGCAAUACGCCUACCAAUAUCUGCCACCCUACCCAAUAUGCCCCCCCCAUGGAUCAUUGUUACUAAAGGACUCCUGUAUGUUCACCUUCACAACCACUGACACUGCGGGUCCAGCUCUCGUCUAGAAACCAACUACACUAUGCAAUUGGACAGUGUCAUUGUUUGCUAGGAGACAGCUGGACAUCAAACCACCUGGCUGGGUUUGUUGAAUGUCCAAGAGAACGGAACACUGGUCAGUAUGCUCAUCACUAGUAUGCCCAUCACUAUUUACGUUCAAACCAAACAGCGACAGUGCAAAUAAAAAAAAAGCUAAACCACAGAUAUUUAUUAGGCCAAAUGAGCGUUCUAAUUGUGCACAAAGGUCUUCAUAACAAACUGCUGCGCUUGACUUACACGUUGGGCUGAAUCAAAGAUGGUUCACUUCAGGAGACUAGGCACUAAUCGGCAGCUCUCCAUGGCCUGCAGUAGAGGUGAGUGAGCUAGCUUUGAAGUGGUAUUUUGCAUAUAUGAUCCACAUCUAUUGUUUAUUUAAAUUUUGUAUUUUUGGUCUUAUUUUUGCCGUUGGUAGGAUAGAGGCGGCUGUUCCCUAAACCACAGUGAGUGUUACAACAUCUACUCACCAGUGGCCAUUUUCUGUUUCUUGUCCAUGUUCUGCCUGUCUGAAUACAGCUAGGCAGCUAUUUCCUCCCAGAUCUGGCCCUUUCUUUCUAAAUGUCCAUGUAAAAGCAAUUCUUGGUGUGUCCUACAGCUCUAGGUGCUCAUGCAUUGGAAUUCCACUGUCUACCAACCAUGGUUAUGUCUCCUGUUCAGCACCCAUUUCUAGCACCUUCCAAAACACUUUCACCUUUCUUCUGGGUAGAUGGGUCAAUGCCAGGCCAGCCAAACUUGUGGUGGCCUGCUGUUUUGUAUGUGUGUUUACUAACAUUGCGUUUCCAUAUGUUGCUUUGCAUUGGAAAAAAGUAGGCCUUUAUGCAAUUUCCACCGCAUAUUAGCACAUGCCAAUGCAGCGCACCUGUGUGAAUGUUUCCCAUUCACAUAGCUUAGUUUUCACAGGUUCUUGAGUUGUCGUGUGUGUGGGGGGGGGGGGGGGGGGGAGGUGUGAAUGGACCUUUUUAUACAAAUAGCGAGUACCUCUCAUUUUGAACUGCCAAAACAUUUCUCUCCUGUAAAGCUAAAAAGCGAAACAUCUCAGCCUUCCACAGAUAAAGAGAGCAAUCAAGCCAAUGCACCUUUUAGAUUGCUCCGUUUUAAAUAACUCUAACAUCCAUAUCUCUUGCCAAGCAAGUGACAGAAGCUGACUGGGUAAUGGAGAAUUUUUAGCCUGUGGGUGUGGGCUUCUCUCAACAAUCACACAAGCAGCUGCAUGAUUCCAUUUCAGCAGGAAAGAGCGGGUGAAGGGAAAGACCAAUUUAAGAAGCCAAACACCAUUGGGAUUUGGCAAGUAAUGGCUCUUGGCUCUCCUAUUUUGGAAACUGUGAGAACAAGAGCAUAUCAGGGAAAUUUUCGACUGGCAUCUAAACAAUGUUCAUCCAUUAUUGGGAAUGGAAAAAAAAACUAGAACCCUUUUUUUUUGUUUUUUAAUUACUCCUUAUUCCCUUGUAAUUACUUCCAUUUCUGUUUUUAGAGACGUGGGUUUAUUUUACAUGAAAUCUCUAAACCACUAUUGCUGUGCCUUAAAAAUGCCCAUGUGUUUUUGCCAGUGUUGAUACCAGCUGUGCCAAAACCUAUUGUCCACAGCUUUAAAAUGCACACGUGUCAGUUUUAUCGAGCUCUUCCUUUCUAACACCAAAUACGGGUGAGAAUUGUGCUGUGUGACAUUGUUACAAUUGAUGAUAGGUUCAAUCUUUUAAAUGUGUUUUUAUGUGCAAUAAAAUAUAUUUAUGUUUUUA